AUGUCAAAGGAGACCAAGGAUAUUGAUAUAAAAGUUGAAAAAACAACAUCACUUACAUCUGAUGAUGUUGAGUCAUUAAGUCUAUCAAAUACAAUUAGUUUUUCAAAACAAGAUAAAGAUGAUGCUAAAGAAAUCUUUUAUCAUGAUAACAAAUUAAGUUCAACUUUGAAUGCUAGAAUUAUAACAAUGAUUUCUUUAGUGGGAGUUAUAGGGACUGGAUUAUUUCUUUCAUCUGGUGGUACAUUAGCAACAGCAGGUCCCGUAGGUAUGAUUUUAGCAUAUGUUGUUGUUGGUUCUGUAGUAGCAGCAUCAUUAAUGUCAGUUGCUGAAGUUUCAUGUCUAUCACCAAAUGAAGCAUCAUAUGUUUCACAUGCAGAACAUUUUGUUGAUAAAUCUUUUGGAUUUGUUAUUGGAAUAUGUGAUAUUUAUGCAAACAUAAUUCCAAAUGAAUUAGCUGCAGUAUCUGUUUUAAUGACUUAUUGGACAGACAUAAAUCCUGCUGUAUUUAUUACCAUAUUUGGAUUAACUAUCGUUAUUGUCAAUGGAUAUAAUGUUAAAUGGUAUGGAGAAAUUGAAUUUUAUUUUGGAAUUAUUAAAAUUCUAUUAUGUGUUGGAUUAAUUUUAUUAGGAUUAAUUAUAGAUCUUGGUGGUAUUCCUGGUGAUAAUGAUCGAAUUGGAUUUAGAUAUUGGAUUAAUCCUGGCCCAUUUGCUGAAAGGUAUACAACUGGAUCUUUAGGUAAAUUUUUAGGAUUUUGGAAAGCCAUAAAUUCAGCAGUUUAUGCAUUUAGUGGUAUUCAAAACAUUACAUUAUUAGCUGGUGAAAUUGAUUUUCCAAGAAGAUCGAUAUAUCGUGCUUCAAAAAGGGUAUUUAUAAGAGUUUUUGGGUUAUAUAUUGUAAUGAUUGUUAUAUUAUCAAUGAUUGUACCCCAUAAUGAUCCAUUAAUUGCUGAGUCCAAUGGUACAGCUAGUGGAUCACCUUGGGUUCGAGCUAUAAGUCUCGCUGGAAUUAAAGUGUUACCAAGUAUAGUUAAUGCAGUAGUUUUAACUUCAGCCUUAAGUUCUGGAAAUUUACAAGUUGUCAAAGCUAGUAGAACCAUAUAUGUUUUAGCUUCUAAAAGACAAUUACCUAAGAUCUUUUUGAAAGUCAAUAAACAUGGGCUACCUUAUGUUGCAGUUGGUUUUACUUGUGCAUUUUUACCUUUGGCAUACAUGGCUGUUAGUGCUUCAUCAUCCAAUGUGUUCUCAUGGUUUUCAAAUGUCAUAUCAGCAAAUACUUUAUUUAGUUGGAUUGUUAUGAGCGUGAAUCAUAUAGCAUUACAUAGAGCUUUAAGAGCUCAAGGAUUUUCACGAAAAUAUUUACCUUUCACAUUUUUAGGAAAAUAUGGUGAAUAUUGUGGUUGGUAUUCUCUAUUUUUUGCAAUAUUAUUCUUGUUGACUGGUGGGUUUCCAAAUUUUAUUCAUGGAUAUUGGUCAUUUUCAACAUUUUUCAGUGCUUAUUUUAUCAUUCCAUUAGCUUUGGUACUUUUUAUUUUUGCAAAAUUAGUAUUCAAAUCAAAGUAUAUUACACCAAAUGAAGUUAAAUUGAAACCAUUAUUUUACGAUGUUCAAGCAAGACCUGAACCGCCUUUCAAAAAAUUAAAAGGAUUAGAGUGGCUUACGUUAUUAUGGGCAUAA